CUGGAACUACAGAGCAGAUGAACCAAUAAAAGCCUUUAAUUUGUGCGUGGAGUGUUUUUAUGUGUGUGAGAGCUGUGCGUGUAUAUGGAAAGAUAAGAAGUUUAGCUGAAUUAGCAGGACUGUAUUCUACACCUUCAGCUGAGCACAGCAAAGUCCGCCUAAAUCUGUUUAACGCACCUGUCUCCCUCCAUCCAUUGAUGCCCUGUCCUUGUUCUCCACUGGCUGGCGAGGGUCAGGUGACUCCAUGGGCACCCAAAAUCCUACUAAGAAGUAAAAAAAAAAGCUGGCAUUUAGGUGAGUAGCAGUCGAUGUGCUUGUAGCCCAGCUGAGGCCAGUGAAGCCCUCAGACGUGCAAGCAAACGACUAGCCAGGACUCCUCCAAGCUUAAUUUUUUUUUUUUUUUUUUUUUUUUUUUUUUAAACAGGCCUUUCAGCUGCAGCCUUAGCAGUUUAAGAUUUUAGUUUUUUGGGGGAAAUAAACCCUAUUUUGCCAGAAUGGGAGCUGGUGCUAGCAGCGAGGAGAAGCAUUCCAGAGAGCUGGAGAAAAAGCUUAAAGAAGAUGCUGAUGCAGAUGCCAGGACUGUCAAGCUGUUGCUGCUUGGUGCUGGUGAAUCUGGAAAAAGCACCAUUGUCAAGCAGAUGAAAAUUAUCCAUCAAGAUGGUUAUUCAAAGGAAGAAUGCUUGGAGUUUAUCGUCAUUAUCUACAGCAACACCUUGCAGUCUAUGAUGGCCAUUGUGAAAGCCAUGACUACCUUCAGCAUUGGGUAUGGAGACCCUGCCAGACAGGAUGAUGCUCGUAAGCUGCUGCACUUGGCAGAUACCAUCGAUGAAGGAACCAUGCCUAAGGAGAUGUCUGACAUAAUCUCCCGCCUAUGGAAGGACUCAGGCAUCCAGGCGUGUUUCGAGAGAGCUUCUGAAUACCAGCUCAAUGACUCUGCUGGAUAUUACCUGAAUGAGCUGGACAGGCUGAUCGCCCCUGGCUACCUCCCCACUGAGCAGGACGUCCUGAGAUCAAGAGUAAAGACCACUGGAAUCAUCGAGACCCAGUUCGGCCUAAAAGACCUAAACUUCAGGAUGUUCGAUGUGGGUGGUCAGCGUUCCGAAAGAAAGAAGUGGAUCCAUUGCUUUGAGGGGGUCACCUGUAUCAUUUUCAUUGCUGCCCUCAGCGCUUACGACAUGGUGCUGGUGGAGGAUGAUGAAGUGAACCGCAUGCACGAGAGUCUUCACCUGUUCAAUAGUAUUUGCAACCAUCGCUACUUCGCUACCACCUCCAUCGUGCUCUUCCUCAACAAGAAAGAUGUCUUCACAGAGAAGAUCAAGAAGGCUCACCUCAGCAUGUGCUUCCCCGAUUAUGAUGGCCCAAACACCUAUGAAGAUGCUGGUAAUUACAUCAAGUUGCAGUUCUUGGAGCUUAACCUGCGGCGAGACAUCAAAGAAAUCUAUUCCCACAUGACCUGCGCCACAGACACGGAGAAUGUCAAGUUUGUGUUUGACGCCGUCACCGACAUUAUCAUCAAAGAAAACCUGAAAGACUGUGGUCUCUUCUAAAGCUCUGAGCCAGCCAAGAACCACAACUUGAACGGUAUGCAACAUCUCUUCCCCAUCCACUGCAUGAAAUAAGUUCCAAGCAGCCUCUGGUUUUAAGAGAACCCAAAGCAGAAGGACCUACAGCUAUAAUGAUGAAUUGGACACACAGGCACCUGGCUGAAAAUGAAAAUAUAUUUUAGUUUGAAAUUCUGGCAUUUACCACCGUAUCGUCUCAGUAUAUACUCUUUGUAAACUUUUGUAGAUGACAGAUGCACUGUACAGUAUGUGGGGUGUGACAGCACAGGGGCAGCAUUAAAAAGAUAUAUUUCUCAUUAGUCUGACUAAUGAAUUUACACUGCAGAGAAAGCUCCACAUAGGUAGAACUGUAUUUUAUUCUUAUUUUUUUGCAGGAGUGGUUUAAACUGAGCAUUCAACAAGUUUAACACUGCAGCACUGUGCUACAUCUAAAUGUAUAUUGGUGUUAAUUUAGUUUAAAUGUGAAACUGGUAGCCAUUUCAUAUAAAACUGUUCAGUUCUACUUGUGCUAGCACUUGUUUUAAACUAGAGACGAUAUAACAAUAUAUAAAAAAAUGUACAAAUUAUAUUGCAUGAUAUUAUGGAGAAAAUGUAGUUUUGAAAAUAUAAAUUGGAGCUGUACUAGAGGUAAAUGAAUACAAUGUAUAUACUGUGCAGUUAACUGGCUGAAAAACAGUUAAAUGCACAUAAGUUAUAUUAUUGUAAUUAAGGCAGGUUACAGCUUUACCAGUCAAAACUCUUUCUACAGUUAUGACGACAGUUUUAAAUAGUUUGGAAUUCUAUUUAAUUUAAGACGUGCUUGUUUAUUGUUAUUGUUUGGUCCUGUUCAUGUUCAGCGAUUACGACCACAUAUGUUUUAUUUCGUAAAUAUGAUAUGACGGUAACCUGUACUUGGCCCUAAAUGAAAUAAAUCUGAAUAAGAAAAAAACGGAAUAAAACCUGUUUUGAUAACAGUCUCUUCCCUCCCAUUAUCUCACUGUUUAGCUUUCCUCCAGUUACCUUGUUAUUAUUCCUCAACCACUUAGACUUUGGCACUUUAGAAGACAGCCUCGUCUUAUUAGAAAUGCUCACCGUAACCAAUAAAAAUAAACACGGCUUACUUUUUUUUUCUAACUAAUUGUAGACUUAGGUAGUACAAUUUUGAACACCAUACUUCUUAAAAGAAAUGUUCA